GUGGACAAGGUAGAGGCAUUCAAGUACAGCCAGAGCACCAGGGACUGCCUACAUGCCAAGUACAACACCCACACCUGUGCCACUGUGGUGGGGGACCACGAGUGGGGUCACCUCCAGAUGGAUGCCACCUCCCUCUACCUGCUCAUGCUGGCACAAAUGACGGCCUCAGGCCUCCACAUAAUCCACAGCCUGGAUGAAGUCAACUUUAUCCAGAACCUCGUGUUCUACAUUGAAGCAGCCUACAAAACUGCGGACUUUGGGAUAUGGGAGCGUGGGGACAAGACGAACCAGGGCAUCACCGAAUUGAAUGCCAGCUCUGUUGGCAUGGCCAAGGCUGCCCUGGAGGCACUGGAUGAGCUGGAUCUCUUUGGAGCAAAGGGAGGCCCGCAGUCGGUGAUACGGGUGUUAUCAGAUGAGGUGCAGCACUGCCAGUCCAUCCUCCACUCGAUGCUGCCCAGGGCCUCCACGUCCAAGGAGGUGGACGCCAGCGUGCUCUCUGUCAUCUCCUACCCAGCGUUUGCUGUGGAGGACAGUGAGCUGGUGGAAAUCACCAAGCAAGAGAUCAUCACGAAGCUGCAGGGGCGCUACGGCUGCUGCCGCUUCCUCCGGGAUGGAUACAGGACCCCCAAAGAGGACCCCAGCCGCUCCUACUAUGAACCUGCUGAGCUGAAGCUGUUUGAGAACAUCGAGUGUGAGUGGCCUCUCUUCUGGGCAUACUUGAUCAUUGAUGGGAUUUUCAGUGGAAACAUGGAGCAGGUGCAGGAGUACAGGGAAGCCCUUGAGGGAAUUCUCAUCAAGGGGAAGAACGGGGUGCGCCUGGUGCCAGAGCUGUACAGUGUACCUCCAGAUAAGGUGGAUGAGGAGUACAGGAACCCCCACACUGUGGACAGGAUACCCAUGGGCAAGCUGCCACUCAUGUGGGGACAGUCCCUCUACAUCCUGGGCUGCCUGAUGGCUGAGGGUUUUCUAGCUCCUGGGGAAAUAGAUCCCCUCAACCGCCGUUUUGCCACUGUCCCCAAGCCCGAUGUGGUGGUCCAAGUGUGCAUCCUGGCAGAGACCGAGGGGAUCAAGGCCAUCCUGAAGAAGGAGGACAUUGAUGUGGAGACUGUGGCAGAAGUUUACCCUAUCAGAGUGCAGCCUGCUCGCAUCCUCAGCCACAUCUACGCCCGACUGGGUCGCAACAAGCAGAUGUGCCUGACGGGACGCCCCUACCGGCACAUGGGCGUCCUUGGGACCUCCAAGCUCUACAAAAUCAGGAAGAACAUCUUUACCUUUACCCCCCAGUUCAUAGACCAGCAGCAGUUCUACCUGGCUCUCGACAACAAGAUGAUUGUGGAGAUGCUUAGGACGGACCUCUCGUACCUCUGCAGCCGUUGGAGGAUGACUGGGCGGCCGACCAUCACCUUCCCUGUCUCCCACACCAUGCUUGAUGAAACCGGCAGCAGCGUGCACCCCACGGUUCUGGCGACGCUGCGGAAGCUGCAGGACGGGUAUUUCGGUGGGGCAAGGAUCCAGACGGGUAAGUUGUCGGAGUUCCUGACAACGUCAUGCCGAACACAUCUCAGCUUUAUGGACCCUGGGCCAGAGGGUAAGGUCUUUACCAAGAAUUACGAGCUCAGCAUUGGCAGCUUUGAGGAGCUAGACCCCGAGGAGCGGCUGCAUGGCUUGCAGGUAGCAGAGGAUGCGGACACGUAUGACGAGGUUGCUCAGUACUUGGACCAUCUGCUGCAGCGAACAGUUCCCCAGUCAAACCUCCCUCCCACUGCCCAGCGGGGAGGGCUGAGCCGCUUCCGUGCUGCUGUCCACACCACCCGUGACCUCAUGUCCCUGGCGUCCAAGGCCAAGGACCUUCAUGUCCAGAAUGUUGGGAUGUAUGUCCCCAGCAAGAUCUUCCAGGCGUCCCAGCAGUCGGUCAAGCUGCUGAGUUCACCCCACCAGCAUGACAUGGAUGGCAAGAGCCACGCACUCUAUGCGGAGAUGAACCUGCCCCGUGAUCAGGAUGGCAACGUGGACUGCAAGGCACUGGUGGACCAGCUGCGCAUCUGCCCCACGCUGCAGGAGCAAGCAGACAUCCUUUACAUGCUCCACAUCCUCAAGGGACCCGAGUGGCACACGGGGCUUGACAGCGAGCCUGGCCCCACCGUCAAGGAGCUCCUCACCGAGCUGUACGUGCGGGUGGGGGACACGCGCCAGUGGGCCCUGAUCCGUUACAUCUCUGGCAUCCUCAAGAAGAAGGUGGAAGCUCUGGAUGAGGCCUGCACUGACCUCCUGUCUCACCAGAAGCACUUGACAGUGGGGCUGCCCCCAGAGCCACGUGAGAAGACUAUCUCUGCCCCCAUCCCCUAUGAGAAGCUCGUUCGCCUCAUUGAUGAAGCCAGUGAGAAGAACCUCAGUGUGUCCAUACUCACCCAGGAGAUCAUGGUGUAUUUGGCCAUGUACAUACGCACGCAGCCAGCGCUCUUCGUUGAGAUGUUCCGCAUCCGCAUUGGGCUCAUCAUCCAGGUGAUGGCAACGGAGCUGGCGCACUCCCUGCGCUGCUCAGCUGGAGAAGCCACCGAGAACCUGAUGAAUCUCAGCCCAUCGGACAUGAAGAGCCUCCUCUACCAUAUCCUCUCUGGCAAGGAGUUUGGGGUAGAAAAGAGCGUGCGAUCGGUCGACUCGUCGCUCACCACUGCUAUCUCCAUCUGUGAGCUGGGGGCUGUUGGGGCCACCAAGCCUGAGCGUGCUGGCAUCGUCAGGCUAAAAAGUGAGAUCAAACAGCAAUUGGAUAAACGUAGGCAGUCUCUGACUGGGAGUAAGCCCCUCAGUCUGCAGACCGAGGAUGCUGACCUGAAGUCCUCUCUGUCCACUGGGCACUCAGAGCUGCUGGGCAAAGGCUCCUUUUCAAGCAUGCUGGAAGAGCAGGGCAGUAAGGACAGUCGCCAAGGCCAGUGGCAGCGGAGACGGCGGCUGGAUGGAGCCCUCAACCGUGUCCCUGUAGGCUUCUACCAGAAGGUCUGGAAGGUCCUGCAGAAGUGCCAUGGUCUCUCUGUGGAGGGCUUUGUUCUCCCCUCUUCAACAACCAGAGAGAUGACCCCAGGGGAAAUGAAGUUUGCUGUGCACGUGGAGUCGGUACUGAACCGUGUGCCCCAGCCAGAGUACAGGCAGUUGCUGGUGGAGGCUAUCUUGGUGCUCACCAUGCUGGUGGACAUGGAGGUGCACACCAUCGGCAGCAUAAUAGCUGUGGAAAAGAUCUUGCAGACAGCCAAUGACCUCUUCUAUGAGGAGCAGAAAGCCCUGGGUGCUGACGACCACAUGCUGGAGAAGGAUCCCACCACGGGCAUCUGCAGCUUGCUGUAUGACAGUGCACCGAGCGGUCGCUUUGGCACUAUGACCUACCUGUCCAAGUCGGUGGCCAUCUACGUGUACGACCUCCUGCCUACCGACGGCUGCUCCAUGCAGUAG